CUAACAUGGCCGAUCCACCUGUCCUGCAAACAACAAAUAAACAUCAAGUAUCACAAUUUCCAACGCCUCAGAAGACAUCGACAUCCAUGUCAAAUAAUUCUUGCGCAUACGACAAAGUCUUCAACGAGCCGGCGUUUCUUUUUGUUUACGUUGUAAUAUUUGUACUGUCGGUUGUUUUGAACAGCAUCGUUUGUUGGGUGGUAAAGAAGAAUCCAUUGAUGCAAACAAACACGAAUUACUUGCUUGUCAAUUUGGCCAUUGCCGACAUUCUAGCAACCGUGCUGUCGAUUUUUCACGUCGUUGAUUAUUUGACAAUCGAUUUGCACUUAGGAAACAUAGCUUGUAAGUUUCGCGGGAGUUUGGUUUACAUUUGCCACGGGGCAAGCGUGUUCACACUGACGGCCGUGGCUCACGAGCGAUAUCACGCUAUCUGUAAACCGCUGCUGAAUCAUGGAAGAUCGAUCCCUGUAAAACGGAUCAUAAUGCAGACAUGGCUGCUGGCUAUUCUUAUACAUAUCCCAGCAAUGGUGUUCUGCGGUACGCAGAAAUAUCAGCACAAACAGGCGAGCUGCAUGUGCUUUGAGCGAUUUCCAUCGAGAGGCGUCGCGCAGGCGUACGCCAUUUCAAGGUAUCUCAUGGUCUACGUGUUACCAUUAAUCUUAGUUAUAAACCGAUACCUCGCCGUCGUACUAAAUCUACGAAAACAAAGCUCGAGCAGCGUUGCAGCAAAUCAAACGGGAUGCAGGUCGAUAAAAAAGAAGAAGCAUGCCGUAAAGAUGUUGAUUACAUCAUCCGUGUUCUUUUUCAUUGCUUGGACACCGUUCUACACAUCGUAUCUUUUAAGAGAUACUGGAGUGGAGAAGAAGGCAGUGUAUAGCUUUGUUUGGUAUCUUUCGAUGUUGUUGGCACUUGCUAAUUGUGCAUACAAUCCAGUCAUCUACUGCCUGUUGGGGAAGAACUUCCGCAAAGGUUUCAACGCUGUCAUUUUUAGUUGCUGCCGUCAAAACAAGUGCGAUAAAGUUAGUGAACAGCAGGCCUGAUUGGGCAGCCAUUAUUUUGAGCUCAACAUGCUUGGAAAGAGAGCGCCGUCUAUAACAAAAGUGAUUUUUUUUACCAUUGUCGGGACUAGACUGUGCGAUAUAGGGGUGAAAACAUGUUAAAAGUUAGCUACGUGUAUGGUAACGACAGGCCUUCAACUCUGUCAUAAACACGUUUUCCGAAAACAAUAAAUUAAACUAAUCAACGCGUUGUAACAGGGGGGUUAGUAAAUCAAAACUCGAGUUACUUGACAAGACAGAAAAGCUGAUGUAAAUAAUCCGAAGAUUAAUGUCAUAAUUUUUAACACGAAAUCGUUGCUUUCCAGAACUAAUUCAACACAUUUUCCAAACUUAAAAAUUGUCAUGGAGCAAGCAUUUAAUGAUCUCGGAACAUACAUAUACUGUGAUACUUAGUAAAAACAUGAGAAUGCACAUGACUUGUGUUAUAUUUUUGAACUGUGCAGAUGGCAAGGGUAUUUAGUGUCAUAUCCGUCUCGUGAGCGCACAAACAAUUUGCAGAUGAUAGUAUUUCCGAUACUUAACUGGAUCUUCAAAUGAUCCAUUAACGUACGUUUAAUGUCAAUGUUGAAUUAAAAUGAUUAGUCUGAAUUA